GGCAGUGCACUUCCGGCAGCAGCGGCUCGAGCGGCCAAAGCAAGAUGGGUCAAAGUCAGAGUGGUGGUCAUGGCCCUGGAGGUGGCAAGAAGGAUGACAAGGAUAAGAAAAAGAAAUACGAACCCCCUGUACCAACUAGAGUGGGGAAGAAGAAGAAGAAAACAAAGGGACCAGAUGCUGCCAGCAAACUGCCCCUGGUGACACCUCACACUCAGUGCCGGUUAAAAUUACUGAAGUUAGAGAGAAUUAAAGACUAUCUUCUCAUGGAAGAAGAAUUCAUUAGAAAUCAAGAACAAAUGAAGCCUUUAGAAGAAAAGCAAGAGGAGGAGAGAUCGAAGGUGGAUGAUCUGAGGGGGACCCCAAUGUCAGUGGGAACCUUGGAGGAGAUCAUUGAUGACAAUCAUGCCAUCGUGUCCACGUCUGUGGGCUCGGAACACUACGUCAGCAUCCUUUCAUUUGUAGACAAGGAUCUGCUGGAACCGGGCUGCUCUGUCCUGCUCAACCAUAAGGUGCAUGCCGUGAUAGGGGUGCUCAUGGAUGACACAGAUCCCUUGGUCACAGUGAUGAAGGUGGAGAAGGCCCCCCAGGAGACCUAUGCUGAUAUUGGGGGGCUGGACAACCAGAUCCAGGAGAUCAAGGAGUCUGUGGAGCUUCCUCUCACUCAUCCUGAGUAUUAUGAAGAGAUGGGUAUAAAGCCCCCGAAGGGGGUCAUUCUCUACGGCCCACCCGGCACAGGUAAAACCUUACUAGCCAAAGCAGUAGCAAACCAAACCUCGGCCACUUUCUUGAGAGUCGUCGGCUCUGAGCUUAUUCAGAAGUACCUCGGUGACGGGCCCAAACUCGUUCGGGAACUGUUCCGAGUUGCUGAAGAACAUGCACCGUCCAUCGUGUUUAUUGAUGAAAUCGAUGCUAUUGGGACGAAAAGGUACGACUCAAAUUCUGGGGGUGAGAGAGAAAUUCAGCGAACAAUGUUGGAACUGCUGAACCAGUUGGAUGGAUUUGAUUCAAGGGGAGACGUGAAAGUCAUCAUGGCCACAAACCGAAUAGAGACUUUGGACCCAGCACUUAUCAGACCAGGCCGCAUCGACAGGAAGAUCGAGUUUCCCCUGCCCGACGAGAAGACGAAGAAGCGCAUCUUUCAGAUCCACACGAGCAGGAUGACACUGGCCGACGAUGUCACCCUGGACGACUUGAUCAUGGCCAAAGAUGACCUCUCCGGUGCCGACAUCAAGGCAAUCUGUACAGAAGCUGGUCUGAUGGCCUUGAGAGAACGUAGGAUGAAAGUAACAAAUGAAGACUUCAAAAAAUCUAAAGAAAAUGUUCUUUAUAAAAAACAAGAAGGCACCCCUGAGGGGCUCUAUCUGUAGUGGACCACAGCUGCCUUCCAGGAAAUGGUGGGAGCGUCCUGGGCCCCAGAGGGGGAGGGGGGGAAGCUGCCAGCCCGGAGUCCAUUCCCAGUUGUCUUUACUAGCAAACGUCUCGUGUACCUUGUGCCCGGCAGGCUGCCUUCACGUUGGUCAUGUGCUCUCUUCCCAAUAAAAUGUGCUCUUUCUCA